AUGAUUCAACCUUGGACUGUGUUGGCUUCUUUGGGCAGCUGUUGCAUAUUGUUCCUCUUAUUUUCUUUUCCGUUCUCUAUUUAUUCCUACAGGUUUCAGACAAAAUAUUUCCAGGGUAAAUACGGCAAUUUAGACAGUUCGCUGAUCUCCUUUGGACCUUGUCAGACGCCCACGCUGGGGUUUUGUGUGGAGCGCCAUGAUAAAAUCCAGUCGUUCAAACCUGAAACCUACUGGGUGUUGCAAGCCAAGGUUAUUCCUGAAAAAGACAGUUGUUUGACCCUGGAGUGGGACAGAGUGAGGAUCUUUGACCGAGAAAUUGCUCAGAUGUUUUUGAACCUAACAAAAAUGGCAAAGGAAGCCAAGGUAGAAUCUGUGAGUAAAAAGGAGAAAGUGAAACAACGACCCCUCGCUCUUAAUACGGUGGAAAUGUUGCGGGUUGCCAGCGCUGCGUUGGGAAUGGGACCGCAGCAUACGAUGCAGAUCGCUGAACGGCUCUAUACCCAGGGCUACAUUAGCUACCCUCGAACAGAAACGACCCACUAUCCUGAAAAUUUCGAUUUGAAAGGGCCUUUGCGACAACAAGCGAAUAAUCCUUACUGGGCUGAAAACGUCAAAGCGUUGUUAGUGGAAGGCAUCAACAGGCCACGGAAAGGCCACGACGCUGGAGAUCACCCCCCCAUCACCCCAAUGAGAGCUGCCUCUGAAGCAGAAUUAGGGGGUGAUGGAUGGAGGCUGUACGAGUACAUUACAAGGCAUUUUAUCGCCACAAUCAGUGCUGACUGCAAAUACCUUCAAACUACUAUUGCGUGCAGCGUCGCAUCGGAACGCUUCACCUGCAUAGGAAAGACGGUUAUUUCGCCAG